AAAAAUAAAUAUUAUUUCAGAACUUGAAGUAACUGUGCAUGACUAUUAAUAAUCCAUUUUUAAAACUGUGAAAAUGUAUUUGCUUUUCUAUCAGUGUUAAUGUUUUCACAGUGUUGCAGUAAUGAGAUUUUUUAGGACUUUUGGAAAUUAUGUUCAAAAAGGUGUUAAAUGGUAAGUAAAAGUUUUUAAAUUAAUGUUCACAAACACUCCAGACUUUGUUGCUAAUGUUAAUUUAAGCAUUUUUAAAAUUUUCAUGUUUGAAAUUUUUAAAACCAAGAUUUCGUGAGAAUCACCCAGAUAUGUGUGUAAAUGUUUGUAGAGGAAGUGCUGGAGUAUGCUGUAAAAACAUCGAUUUUAAAGUACUAUCCGCUGUCGUCUGCACUCUGCAUGCUAAUCUUUGUUUUAAAAUUGUUCUUCUGAUGUCUGAAGGUCCAGAGAGUGCUGAGGGUAAACCCAUGGGCUUGGAAUCGAAGUACAAGCACCUGUUGGAGCUGUUAAGGAGGACAGCGGUUCACGGUGAGAGUAACUCUUUGCAUAUCAUCGGUCCAUGUGGAUCUGUUAAAACCAUGCUGCUACGUUGUGCUCUGAGAGAGCUGCUGGACUUGCAGGAGGUGAAGAUGAAUGUCCUGCAGGUUCACCUGAGCAGUCUGCUGCAGAUGGACGACUGGAUCGCUCUGAGAGAGAUCACACGCCAGCUUCAACUGGAGAACGUCGUAGGAGACAAAGUGUUGGUGAGUGUGUUCCAGAUGUCUGUCUUCCUCCCUGUCUGUCUGUCUGCAGGUGAUAAAAGCAGCAGUCAGCCAGUGUUCUUCAUCCUGGAAGAGUUUGAUCUGUUUGCUCAUCAUAAGAACCAGACGCUGCUGUACAACCUGCUGGAUGUUUCUCAGUCUGCUCAGGCUCCUGUAGCUGUGGUGGGACUCACCUGCAGACUAAGCGUUCUUGAGCUCUUGGAAAAGUGUGUGAAGUCUCGUUUUUCCCACAGACAGAGUCACCUGUUGAGUUCUCUGACUUUCCGUCAGUAUCGAGACGCCUUUCGGUCCGAGCUCACGCUGCAGGAUGACUUCCCCGACAGCAAGUUCUCUCAAGAGUGGAACCUCUGCGUCUCGGUACGACACACCGCAUCACGAACCUGAACUGAAGUGUUACACUGCUCACAUGUGAACAUACACACUGCUGGAGGAAGCUCACGUGUUUUCCUCGAUUGUACAUAGCACGUGUUCUCUCUCCUCGUCUUCCUCACCACUGAUGAUGAUGAUGAUGAUGAGGGAGUAAUUAUAAUGAUCCAAUUCUAACCAUGACAACCAUGAUUUGACCAAGCAUGACCAA